GUUCCCCGUUAGUUCCUGUCCUCUCUCAGACUGCGCUGUAUUUGACUUCGGCAGAAUAAAGUAUGGAGUCUCCCAGUGUAACCUCGGUGGUCCUGCUGGCCUGCGGCUCCUUCAACCCCAUCACCAACAUGCACCUGAGGUUGUUUGAACUGGCUCGAGAUCAUCUGGAAGACACAGGUCAGUACAAGGUCGUGAGCGGUAUCAUCUCUCCUGUGGGCGAUGGCUAUAAGAAGAAGGGUUUGAUCGAGUCCUCCCACCGUCGGGAAAUGGCCAGAUUGGCCACAGAGAACUCAGACUGGAUCACCCUAGAUUCCUGGGAGAGCUUGCAGCCUGAGUGGGUAGAGACAGUCGAGGUGAUUCGGCAUCAUUAUGAGAAACUGCUUGAGACACAGCAGAACUGCGAUGAGACGGACACAGUCAAAUGUACCAAAAAGAGACGAAUAGAGAAUCGUUAUGAAGCUUCAUCUCAUCAGAAAAGGAGAGACGGCCCUCGGGUGAUGUUGCUGUGUGGGGCUGACGUCCUGGAGUCCUUUGGGGUCCCCAAUCUGUGGAAGCAGGAGCACAUCGAUGAGAUAUUGGGACGCUACGGUCUGGUCUGCAUCACUCGCUCUGGCAACGACCCGCACAAGUUCAUCCACAAGUCGGACGUGCUGUGGAAGCAUCGCAGUAAGAUCCACUUGGUCCACGAGUGGGUGACCAACGACAUCUCUGCCACUCACAUGCGUCGGGCGCUUCGUAGAGGUCAGAGCGUCAGGUACCUGUUGCCAGACGCCGUGGUGAGCUACAUUCAACAGAACAACCUCUACAGUGCAGAGAGCGAGCAGAAAAACGCUGAUGUGGUUCUUGCACCGCUUCAGAGAUACUUGGAGGAGUCCUCGAGCUGAGGGAUUUACUGCUCCAGCUGCAAAAACAGAUGUGUGAACUGUUUACACUGAGGGCUGUAGGUCUACUGUGUUAUUUAAGGUUCAACAAGUGCCUACUCUACAGUAGUCUUUUCUUAUACUGCACAUGUGUUUUUUAUAGGAUUUUCACUGAUUUCUCUGAUGUAGGGCUGCACUAUAUAUCCGAAAUCAAUCUCAAUUGCGAGAUCAACGUGCGUGAUAGACAUAUUGCAAAAGACGGCAAAAACUGCGAUAAAUGAUGAUCCAUUCACCACGCAUUCAUGCUGUGCAUGUCCAUAUAUUUGGCCGAUCAGACGGAGCCCUGCUGCCCUCGAUGAUAAAUGAAAGACAUUCAGGGGGUUUUCUGUCAGUGAACGAUUGUCAGAAGAAGAGAAUAGAGAGACAACCGCCUCUGCCUCCUCCAACUAAAUUCUACUUUGUAAUCUGUGUGAUCACGUUUUUCCUGAAUUAAAUUCAUCGCUAUGACAAUUGAUUAUAUAUAAAAUAAUUAUGAAGCUUAUUUAUGGUAUUUCCCAGACCCUGAGGGGCAAGUAACAGCACACAUGCACGUACGCACACACACAUACACGCACUUAUAUUGUGCAGCCAUACUCUGAAGCUGCUUUAAGACAUGCACUGAACUCCCUAUCUCCUCAGUACUUUCUUCAGAGGAGGUAAAUGUCCGAGUGAGACGCUUCGCGGUACUUUCUCUGCCUGACCCCGAAGUAUAAGGUCCGUUGAAAUCCAGGAGAAGUCGAUGUGAUGUGUGAAUAAUGUGUGAAUGAUAUGUGAACCCUAACCCCACAGCAGGGGGUCCUCUGCUGGAUAUAAAAGGCAAACAGCAGGUGAAGUCCGUAGCCAAUUCUCUGGAUUUUACCCGGAGGUCAUGUCUGAAAAAGGCUUGAGUGAGUGAUUUAGCAACAGGGACACUUUUGUGUAUACACGCAAGUAGAUUGUGUGUUUGUGUGUGGACUUUGAGAUCAUGUAAAUGUCAUAUAAAUCUGCUCUGUCUUUAGUGGCAUUUGGAUUCACAAGAAGGAGCUUUUUUAAAUACGACCAAGAUCAAAACAAAUGUGAUCAAUCAAAUUUGUACUUGGUGCUGAAUAUCUUAAAAUGAAGGUGUGAUUUGUAUUCACUGCAAAUUAAAUAAACCUCUUUGUUUUCAA